AUGACCAAUUCCAUCGGUAAGUGUCUUUUCUACAGGCAUUUUGGAGGAUGACUUCUUUUUGUUAGCAAGCGUCAGACCUGGAGCAAUGCCAGCGAGGAAGUUAGGGAACAUUUGCUAAUUUGAUUGCACCUGACCGUACAGUUCUGUAUUACAAAAAGCGAAGGUUAUGACUACCUCAUAUUUCUAAAUAGGCUGCGUUUUAAAUGGGACAGGGCGUUUUGCUUAGUCAUUUCACACAGCGGAACAUCACCUGCCACCGCUAGGCUCGACAUCAUGCUAAACGUGCCGAAAGAAAAACAGAUGUUUACGUCAAGAAGAAAGUAUGCUUUUAUUACAGAUCUCUUUAUUAUUGGAAGCCGCCUAGCAAACCCGCCAACAAUAUGCGGUGACGUGCUUACCCUUACAAGGGAAAGCUUAACAGUAGUUCUCUUAAAGAUAGUUUUGGAACUGUUUGUUUGUUUGUUUUUGUAGUCAGACUCAUCGAAAUAUUUCAAUGAUCACGUCUGGUUUCUCUUACGGCAGUGAAACUCGGAAGUAGUGUGCUACGUUGCAUUGGGACAUUUUAUAAACUCAAACUAUUCUAUAAAAUGGAUACAUCACACAUCAAAUUAUUCACCUUCAGUUCACAUUCAUUUAUCUAUUAAACACUAAUAAUCGCUACUAAUUAAACUAAAAAAAAUAACCCUCAUUAUUGUUGAGUGUCUCCAGUAAAAAGAAGAGGCGGCGUUGACUGGCAAGGGUUUAUUUGAUGCCGGAAGUUGCAAGUAGCGAUUUCGACUGACCGUAUUAAGACUGAAGCUUUCUGUGCUCAGCUCUCGUUAUAUGGCCCAUUUUGUCUGAUGCGCAGGUCGCCAUUGUUGACUGUGAGGCUGCUCGACCGCCACUUUAAAGUGCCUAUGUCACCUCCCUCAUUGACCGUGCCUAUAAUCGGUGGCUCGCGGUGUUACAGUUGUUAUUACAAGUCUUUUAACUACUAUACAACAGAUGUGGACAAAAAGCGGCAAAUUACUUACAGCUAGAUUGUGAGGGGGACAAAGUAGCUGACAGAAUAGUGAAGACAUCGAGAUAGCACGAUUUACAAUACUUGACAGCACAGGCGCUAGCUAAAAGCUAAGACGUGUUUCGCCCAUAUUCUGCCGCUGCAUAAAACAGUUGCGAGGGGCUGCGCUCAUCAGUGGGUCUCCCGGCGUUCCCUUUGUGUUUUCUGGUAGAUACUUCAGUUUGGAACUUGCAGUUUUCAAUUUAUUUGGAAAUUAACUACUAAUUUAGAGUAAAUUAGCCUAAUCGAGGCUUAAGGGAUUCAAGUUGGCGGUCACUUUCUAAGGAAAUUAAAAAGCAGAAAGUAAGGGUAUUUCAAGAAAAGCUAGUACUAAAUGGUUUCUGUCUAUAUGAUCAGCUACCAAAUGAGUACAAGGAAGGAUAUUUUUGUGUAUGUUUGCUAUGAAAUGCAUUUGAAAUUAUGGAGGCCUCAAAAAUCAAUGAAGAAAAGUCAUACCACUUGACUACUUUUUACCAGUUUUUUGCAAACGGCCAAAAACGCAUUUGAAGACGAGCAUCCUGUCGUGGCUGAAAUAUAUUGAGAUUUCUCCUAAGAUCAUUAAUACUGCGACCUAAUUUAAUCAGCCCUUUAUAAUCAAGAACACAUUUUAAAAUUUCAGCUAGUAUUCCAUGAGAUAGGCUAUUCAUUAUAUAAUGGAUCUCCAUACAACCCGUCUGAAGUAAUUGAUUUCGCUUUGAGCCCCUACACAUAACCUAACUUAAAGUGCCUGUUAAUAAUUUAAUCUGGUACACUAGAUUUUAACUUCAGAUCUUACCUCCUUUUUAGGAGUCUCUGGAUCAUCAUAUAAGCAAAUGACAAUGAACAGUUUUUUCGAUGCUCCGAGCCAGAAAUCCUAUGGGGUGCUUCUCUCGCAUGCAGAUGAGAUGAAUAUACAUACACACAACCCUUAUGCAUCUUCCAUUGAUCAAUUCUCCCAGAUUGGUCCUUCGUACAUUUCGGACCUGCCGGAGACACGUAGUUCCAUAUCCUCUUGCCUUCUAAAUGGGUUCAGUAGGAACCAAACGCCCUUGGACUGGAACGGUGGCAGGACCAACUACGAGAUGCAGGACGUAGUCGUCUAUUCUUGGUGUAAUAAUGCCAACGAGCGGCAUGCGCUUCCAAACACAAUUUCAAAUAGCUGGGCAGUAUAA